AUGCAUGGACACGACCACGACCACGAUCACGACCACGAGAUUGACCACGAUCACGACAAGUCGAAAAAGAUGGAGAAGAUGAUCACGCCAUAUCUGGCGCAACACAUUCCUCACCAGUACAACCCUCUCGGCGCCACCGGCGACGGCCAAAACGAGCGUCCGCCCACUGCAAAUACAAAGUUCUGUUAUCGCCAUCGUCCCGAUCUACUCUGUCGACGGCAAGCAGACGAGCCCUCGAUGGAACAGUUACAAGAAGAACUUGGCAGGGAAUCCCAAGAAGACCAACAGAGUAUCGCAAACGUCUGGUCACUCUUCUCUGCGGCCCCGUCUCGUCACCGUAAUCUCAUGCUGCAAGGCAUACUCGCACAAUGCUGUUUUCCACAGCUCUCCUUCAUCUCCUCGUCUGUCCGGAAUCUUAUCAAAAUCGACUUUCUCGGCGCACUGCCCACUGAACUGGGCUUCAAGAUCCUAUGCUACCUGGACACAACCUCGUUAUGCAAAGCUUCUCAAGUCAAUCGACGUUGGCGCCAACUGGCCGACGAUGAUGUAGUUUGGCACAAGAUGUGUGAACAGCAUAUUGACAGGAAAUGCACAAAGUGCGGCUGGGGACUGCCGCUCCUAGACCAACGUCGGUUACGGCUUGAAAAGAGACGGAUUCAAUUGCGUGCAUCUGGGAGAGGGCUCAACGAGGCGUCGCCGAACAUUGCGCCACAGCCGGAUACCUCGACGCCAUAUUCUAUGCUCGCUCGCCGCCUCUCGGAUGUUUCCGACUCAGCUACUGGCUCCAAACGCCCCAUGCCUGAAGACUUGUCUUUACCAGAAGCAUCGAGUAAGCGACCGUGUACAGGUGUCGAAAUACCCAGGAAGCGGCCAUGGAAAGACGUUUACAAAGAUCGCUACAAGGUCGGCAGCAACUGGAAGUACGGGCGAUACUCGACACGGACAUUUAGAGGCCACGGCAAUGGCGUCAUGUGUCUUCAGUUUGACGACGAGGUCCUCAUCACCGGUUCCUAUGACGCUACAGUUAAAGUGUGGGACAUCAAUACUGGACAGGAGAUACGGACACUCACUGGCCACACCAAGGGCAUUCGAUGUCUGCAAUUCGAAGACAGCAAGCUCUGGACCGGAAGCUUGGACGGCACCAUCAAGAUUUGGAACUGGCGGACAGGUACGCUCAUGCAAACCCUGCAUAGCCACAGACAAGGCCAAGGGGUCAUUGGGCUCCACUAUGCAGGCAAGAUUCUAGCAUCUGCAUCUUCCGACAACACCAUUCAAGUGCACAACUUUAAGCAGAGGACACGCCUCCCUCUAGAAGGCCACGCCGACUGGGUCAACGCUGUAAAGAUUGAUGUGCCCUCGCGAACCCUUUUUUCGGCAUCAGACGACAUGACGGUCAAACUUUGGGACUUGGAUACGAUGAAGUGUAUCAAGACGUACGAGGGCCACGUAGGCCAAGUACAGCAAGUCCUCCCCCUUCCCCAAGCCUUCGAAAUUGACGAAGACGACUUUGUUGCCAAUGCCAACAACGACACUUCCGACACAGCCUCAAUGGCGUCCGACACAACCCAGUCCUUCGCCCAACCACAAUCUUCCUCGUCUCAUACCAACUAUGAUAGCGAAGAGUCUUCAUUCUUCCCUGACGACCCGUCUCGUCCCUCUCCACCAUCAUAUAUGCUUACCGGCUCGCUCGACGGCACAAUACGUCUUUGGCAUGUGCCUUCUGGGCGCUGCGUACACCGUUUCUUCGGACACGUUGAAGGCAUCUGGUCUUUGGCAGCAGACUCGCUGAGAUUAGUCAGUGGGGCUGAGGACAAGACAAUCAAGAUCUGGGAUCCGAGGACGGGUAAGCAUGAAAGAACGCUUACGGGACACACCGGGCCGGUUACCUGUGUGGGCUUGAGUGACGAGAGAGUGGUUAGUGGAAGUGAAGACGGAACAGUUAGAGUACAUUGUUUCGUCGGAGAUAGAGACUGA